GGCGCCCAAUGCCCGUCGCCCCGCUGGAUGACGUCAUCCCCCUCCGCCUCCUCCGACGGUCAGUGCCGCGGGGGCUGCCGGGGGCGCACCGUGCGCCGAGUGCGUCUGCGCGAGCCGUCUCGAGGCUGGAACCGCGUAGCUGCUGCGGGCUUGGAAAGAGUGUCUUGGAAUAGUCCGCUGACAGGUACAGGCGGCCUUCUGGAAUUGUGUUAAGGGCUAGGACGCGACACCCCCUGCGUCUUUAAGGGCUUCAGACUUGGCUUCUGCGGCCGGCUGGACUCGCUGCUCGUAGGCCCGGACCCUUCCCACUGCUGAACCAACGGGAACGCGGUACCUCCGUGAAUCUGCCAAUAGAGAGCGCUCGGCCGUGGGCAGGCGGGGCCUCUGAGUCUUCCAGCAUCUGGAGCCCAGCACCUGACCCUGGCUGUCCUGGAACUCACUCUGUAGUCCAGGCUGGCCUCGAACUCAGAGAUGCCUCCCCAGUGCUGGUAUUAAAGGUGUACACCACCACUGCUGGGCCUGGCCUGCAUCUUUAUGAAGAAUGGUAGACUGAAUGGGCAGACUUCAGCUGUAAGUAAUGAAUGGAACAGAUACUUUGUCUGUUGAGUGAGACUGAUGCAGUUCUGUGUGCAGGAGCUCAGAGUCCAUCAGGAGCAGGCCAUCUUUGAGCUGUAUCUGUCUUGGCUCUGAUUGCUUGCUCUGUGGAAAGCCCUUUUAGGGCACCCUCUUCAUUUAAGCACCUGCCAUCUACCCCAUGAGUCACCUUGAGAAACAUGCCACCACCAGGAACAGAACCCACACCAAGCCUAGUGACUCAGAGUCUCCCACCCAUCCAGAACAAGGAAGAGACAGUCUCAUGUGGGCCAGUCUGACCUUGGACUCUGUAGCCCUGGAUGCUGUUGAACUCCUGACCCUUCUUGCCUCUGUCUUCCCAAUGCUGGGAUUGCAGAAGUACCAGAUGCCUGAUCCUGCCCUUGGAGGAGCUUCCCUAAGCACAAAGCUGGCAGCUGGUGCUUUCCUCAUCAGGAAACUUCUGCCCUCUGCUGGUCGAGACAGGGGAAACAGCUCAGUGCCACCUUGAAAUCCUGGAAGAGACCAAGGACGAAGUUUCCUUUAUGAAGCAGAUUUAAGCGUCAGCUUGCUCAGGUCGUUUCUCCAUUGCCUGUCUUCGGAUUCAUCACCACUAUGCGUCAUGCUUCAGGUUUAGGUCAUGCUGGAAAAAUGUCAGAUGAAUUUUUGUUGGCAUAUGUGCUACCUGAACAGUCCCCUGCCAGAACCUCUGUUGUGAGCAACAUAAAAGCUGGCCCAGCUCCUCGAGGCUGGCUAGGCUCCGGCCCUCGGAGUAACCUGAGUGUUCCACCAGCUGUGCUGUCUGGACUCCCACUGAGCGCAGCACCCUCUGCUUUGCCUUUUCGACCAGCACCAACAGGAAUAUAUCCCUCCAUUCCUCCAACUGGACCACCACCAGGAACCCCAGCAUCCUUUCUUCCUCAUGGACCAUCAUGUCCCCAACCUAGUGGUCCUUAUCCAGCCCCUGCUAUACGUGGCCCUGGGCCCACAGGGCCAUAUGCUACACCAAAUAUGCCCUUUCCAGAGCUACCUAAGCCGUAUGGUGCACCCAUAGAUCCAGCUGCAGCUGGUUCUUUAGGUCCACGGGGAUCUAUGUCUUCUGGACUUUGGGCACCAGGAUUGGGAGGGCAGCAUCCUACUAUACCAUAUCCAUCUCCAGGGUCGCAUCCCACUGCUCUUCCUCCAGUGUCAGGAGCACUGCCUGUUCCAUGGGGUACUGUGCCACCGGAAGCCUGGGGACCACCCACACCAUAUACUGCCCCUGCAGGAUCAUUUCCCAUACCAGGACCCCGUUCUACUCCAAAUAAUCCAUACCAAGUACCUUCAGGACCUUCUGAUACUCCGCCAGUGCCUGGUGGCCCUGAUAAAGCGAGUGACGUGCCUGGUAGCUCUUCCCGUCCUGAGACAUCCAACCAGGAGAGCACCCCAGAGACCGCUGGACAAACGAAGCAACCGAAGGUAGAUGACAAACUCAUCAAGAGGAGGCGUCCUAAGAAGAAGAGUAAGCCAGUGACUUGGGGAGACAUCAAGACUUUAACUCAUGAAGCCGAGACCUUGGGGAAACAACAAGGACACAAUACUACUGACCCAAAAAUGAUGCUGUUAUGUUUAAUGACUAUAUUACAUGUUAAUUCUCAGCGUAGCAAUGCAGAAUCAAAGUGAUUUUUGUCAGGGGGGAUAAAAGGCACACCUGUAAUACCUGUAAUAAACAGUAUGAUGUUGUUUUGCCAAAACAAAAACAAAAACCAAAAAAACAAAAGCCAAACAAAACAAAACACUACCACCAGUCAA